UACCGAGGGUUUUAAGUUAAACGUGAAAAGUGUGAGUCUGAUGUUACACAACAGCCUUCACUUAACACAUAAACCAGUGGAAGUCAUUCUGUACCUUGCUUUUUGUUCAUGGAUCCAUUUUUCAACAUUUCAGUCGACGUAUCCAACACUGACACACUUCUACCUCGCCCUUGGACUUUUCAGGAUACACAAAAUACUGUUAAACAAAACCUCUGGAAGCUCCAGUGGCACCUGAGUCAGGAGGAGUGUGUGGCAUUUAAAUGGUUGCUACAGUUCUGCUGCUUCCAGAGGGGCCUCCCACAAAUCCCAUGGGAAUACUGGUGUGAAACCAUAUACGGAAUAGUGGAUGUGAUGCCGGUGAUACCAGAGCUGCAGCGGGUGGAAAUGGUCGCCGAGAUCCUCAGAGACAUAAACAGAAGUGAUCUGAUAGAGAGGUUGUCAAAAAACAGCACAAAACCAAAAAGGGAACAUUUGACUAAACAACAAUUGGCAAUGUAAUCAAGCAUGAGCCAUUCAGAUCUGAAUAACAACAGACGCUCUGUGUACUGACGAGCCAAGUUGUCCCAGCAACAAACAAGAGCCACACAACUAACAUUGAACUGAUCUGUCAUCAGGUUCCUGGUGGUUGGCAUAAACUUCAACCUGAAGUAAAUCACUCACAUCCUGAUAAGGCUCCAACAUACAGCCUGGAGUCUGACGCAGGACGCUUUGGAUGCUGUGUGUCUGGUCUACGCUGGGUCUGUGAGGACAAGGUCGCCUUCAAAUACCAGUUCUGCUCCUGGGAUGGACACCUGCAGUGGAUGGAGCACAGGCACUGCAUGCCUGCAGGUCCUCUGAUAGAGAUCACAGCUGCUGCUGGGAGGUUGGCUGAAGUCCACCUGCCUCACUGGAUCGACACUGGUGAGUGUGCGACAACAAUAAAGAAGAUAUAAUAUUAUUAACAGAACACCUUUCUUUUCAUUGAAUGUGUUUGUGCCGCUGACAACCCAGUAAUUUUAUGCAAGUUUGCCGUCCUUCACAUUGAGAACUAUGAAGACCUUGUGGAACAAGCGUGUGAAGUUACAUCAUCUCACGUGAAGUUAUGGGAGCCGAUCUUCUCUCCAAGUGCUGGUGAAGAUGGGCGUUCCCGUCAAAAUAAGAUGCAGCGUGUUAAUCUACUACAAACCCACAACAACGAACCUCACACUACACGUUUUCCUGAUUCCACACGAUCCCACUCUACAAGAGGUACCUGGUAAAUUACUUAACACUUAAAUCUUGUUCCAAAAUGUCCCAGGUUGGGAAAUAAACAAGGUAAGUAUGAAUACAAAAAUAAUAAUGAGAAUGACAACCACCGAACAAAAAACACAGGAAGUGGAGACACAGGAUGGAGCAAAACCACAAGAGGCCGGAUGAAAAACCUGUGAAAAAAUGUGUGAUAAUGUUCAUGCUGUAACUUUGACUCAACUGUUUAUUUCAACUGUUUUACUCAACUUGUUUUUGCAGGUAGUGAAGAAGAAAAAGGCCUCCAGUGGUUUUGAACUCAUGGAAAAGCCUGGUCCAGUCCUGCACCUGAGAAUGCAGCCGCGCUUUACGCUCACAGCCGGCGUUGAAGCAGCCAGAAUUCAGCCAGAGAAACUGACUCUGAGGUACGACAGCCAAGACUCGAGUUUCUUCGAAGUGUUCAUUGAGAAGCCAGACAGCGACGUGCACCUUUUAAUCUCACACUCCCUCUGUGAAGCAGCGUGUGACCUGUUGUGGAGCUGUGAUAUCAGCAAAGAUGACUAUUCACACACUUUCAGAAGAUUCUGGAUUCUGCAGUUAAUCAUCCAGAAAUGCUGAGACCCAAUGCACAGAAGCUGUGAAGUGAUUCUUGCCUGUUUUGUUUUAAUUAACACUGCUCCGCUCUGAUCCAGGAAAUUCAACUGGUGGAGGUGGAUGGCCUCCCAUUAUUCAACCUGGUUCUGAUGGCGGGUUAUUCCUCGUUAGAGAGUUUUUCUUUUCUCCAAAUUGUAAUAAUUACAUUUAAAGGCUUGUUGUAUGUGGAAUUUGUUGGGUUCAGUUGUGUAAGGUCCUAAACCUUGGGAGUGCCUUGACAAAACUAUAUUGUGAUUUGGCACUAUAUGAAUAAAACUGAAUUGAAGUAUAUUUUUUAUGAUGACGCAGAUCAUACCUCAUCUGUUCUACAAAUUUAAACAGGAAUCAUAUUUAUAAGUUCAAAUGGCGCCUGAACCAAAGUGCCAGCGGGCAAAACCUCCCGACCAUCCAUGAAAAGCAGCUGGAGAACAAGGGCGUGUUGGUGGAUCUGAUGAUUCAUUGUAAAACUCACUGUGUUGGCUGGAAAGUAUAUUUUGUGUUUUAUUUUUUCAAUUUCUACCAUUUAGUGUUGUCUUUUUACUGUGAGUAAUGGAUAAAAUCUGGAUUCAACUCAGUGUCUUUUGAGCAACACAUUUAUUAUUAUUAUUAUUUAUUUACCUAUUAUUACAUUUUUGUUUACAUCAACAUACAUUUUAUUAUAAGACGUGGAGACACUAAAUUGUGUGAAAUACACGUAGCACAUGCAAUAGAAUUACAAUAUUUCUAAAAGUUUAAAAUUAAGAUGAAAAGUAGAUACUGUACUUAAUACCGCACAAUACCUUAAUUACAACAUCUACUGUAAGUGAUUUCUUGAAUUAUUGUAUUAUUGUCCACACGCGCCGAAGCAGCAGGCGGCGACGCAAGUUUCCCUUUUGUGCUUAGUCGCAACUAAACCGGAGAAGAAGAAGAAGAAGAAGAAGAAGAAGCCGCUGCGGUGCAAAACCAAAACAAGCAGAAAUGAGUGGCGCUCUCCGUCUCCUGGCCUUCGGCCGUGACGUCAACCACAGCCGUGUUCUGCUCGUCUCUCCUCGGCUGCUUUUAUCCAGAGCGCUCGGCUCCAGACCCCAGAUCAGCCGCAGUCUGCAGGAGAGCUACAGGCUUCUGCAGCUGCCUGAUGAGCGGCACAGCAGCCCUGCUCAGGUCAAGGAGGCCUACCUGCGUCUGGCCAAACUUUACCACCCGGACUCUGGGACUCCAACAGCGGAUGCGGUGCUGUUUGCUCGGGUGGAGGAGGCUUAUCGAGCUGUUGUGGCUCAUCAGAGCGAGACCAGGGCCACGGCUGGCGAGCACGACGUAAACGAUGAGGAGAAGCCUCGAGGUGCAGCGCUCCCACACAGGCACUACCUCAGCUAUGAGGGCAUAGGCUCCGGCACCCCCAGCCAGCGGGAGCGCCAGUACCGACAGGUCCGCGUGGACCGAGCUUCUGAACAGGUUCUGAACUACCGGCAGAGAGAGCACGAAAGGGCAGCAGCUGCAGAGGGAGCGCUGGUGGAGCGAGACAUGCGUCAGCGCAGCCGGAAGAUAAAAAUCACCCAGGCCGUGGAACGGCUUGUGGAGGACCUGAUCCAGGAGUCCAUGGCCCGCGGAGACUUCAGGAACCUCAGUGGAGCUGGAAAGCCCCUCAACAAAUUUGAAUACAAUCCAUAUGCUGAUCCCAUGACCCACAACCUGAACCGGAUCCUCAUGGACAACGGAUACCAGCCUCCGUGGGUGGUCACCCAGCGCGACAUCAGAGAGACCUGUGCUAAGAUCCGAAAGAAGCUAUCAGAGGGGAGGGUCGGGCUCAGUGACCCUCUGACCCCCAAAGAGCAGAGCCAGUGGGAGCAGCUCUGUGCAUCUGUGGAAGAGGAUUUAGUCAAACUUAACAAGACAGUGGACAAUUACAACCUCAUCGUACCAAUGCUGAACAUGCAAAUGGUUCACUUUAGUUUGCCCAGAGAAAUUGAUCGCGCUGUGAAAGCUGCACACCAGCUCAGUCUGGUCCAGCAGAGAGAGAGAGAAGGAACGCGAGAGGAGGAAGGAGGAGAAGAAAAGAGCCAAUGCAGCACCCAGGCCAAAAAAUACACAAGGCCUGAUGUCGUGGAUGCAAAGUUUGCUCAGACGAAACAGUCUGAAGCCUGAGGAUGGAUAAAAAGUCAGACGUUUAUUUGUUGUCUUCUGUGAUGUUAGACACACAGAGGUGUUCACGUGCUCUGUUACGUUUAGUCUGACUGGUUGGCUGAACAAAGAACAGGACUGACUGAUUGCUGUUGAACAAACAGCGUGAAACAAGUUGUUUCUGUGAAAUUACUGAUCAGAAUAUACACGUCCUACUGUAAUGUUUUGUUGCUAUGUAACAUUAAUUCAGUUAAUUCAGUAAUUCAGACUCUCGGCUUAUCGGUCCAGGCUGGCUGUCGCUCCGGGGUUGCAGAUGAUCACCGGCUCCUUGCUGCUGGCUUUGCUCCCUGCAGCCUCGCUCUGCAGCGCCUGAGCGACGGCUUUGCUUGGCGUCAUCACCUUGGUCCAGUCGUGGGCGAUGUACUGGUGGUACGGGUCGUGGGAGCUCUCCAGCUUCUUGGAGCGAAUGUAGCUGAACAUGAUUCCAAAUGUGAAGAAGCUGAACGUGCCAACCACCAGAAGGAUGUAUAUGAUACCCUGGGACUGGAUGAGGCCCUGGGGUCCAUCCCCAUGGAGCAGUGCCUGCUGGGUAGUGUAGUUCUGGGCUGGCGGGGAGGACAGGACACUUGUGUUGUUGAAGCAGUGCUGCAGGAAGGAGAGGAGGAGCGACUGCAGGUCGGUGGUGGUGUUGAGUGACAUGGCUGACCUCUAGUGGAGGUUCUGCAAACUGCACCUGAGAACAGGACCACAUGAUCUGAAGACUUUCUCACAUCACUGGGACUCUUACAGAUGUACAAUACAAGCGCUCAUUCACUUAAGAUGAAUACGACACAAAGCAAGGUGUCACAUUUCUCUUCUGUAUCUAGUCUGGAUCAAAUUCAUGCUUAUUGAUCAUUGAUGCCAAACCAAAAUCAUCUAGGAGAUGGAAUUAAGGAGAAAUCAAUAUCUGUACAGUGACACGGCAGAUAAAAGGGUAUUAACUUACAUUUGACUGUAACAGUCGUGUUAGAAGGAUAACGUUCCCCAUAUUAUUAAUAAAAUCUUACCUUUGCCGUC